AUGUCAUCGAGAAAGAAGGUCCUCCUCAAGGUCAUUAUCCUUGGCGACAGCGGUGUCGGCAAGACGAGUCUGAUGAACCAAUAUGUCAACAAGAAGUUCAGUGCAAGCUACAAGGCCACAAUCGGCGCCGACUUCCUGACGCGCGAGGUUCUCGUCGACGACCGACAGGUGACGAUGCAGCUCUGGGAUACGGCAGGACAAGAGCGCUUCCAGUCUCUGGGUGUCGCCUUCUACCGCGGCGCCGAUUGCUGCGUGCUCGUAUACGAUGUCAACAACUCCAAGAGUUUCGACGCCCUGGACAGCUGGAGGGACGAGUUCUUGAUCCAAGCGUCGCCGCGGGACCCGGACAACUUCCCAUUUGUCGUUCUCGGGAACAAGAUUGAUGUUGAGGAAAGCAAGAGAGUGAUCUCGACCAAGCGCGCCAUGACCUUUUGCCAAUCCAAGGGCGGUAUUCCCUACUUUGAGACCAGCGCAAAAGAGGCUAUCAACGUUGAGCAGGCAUUCGAAGUCAUUGCGCGGAACGCCCUAGCCCAGGAGGAGUCUGAGGAAUUCAGCGGCGAUUACCAGGACGUCAUCAACAUCCCCAUCGAAAACCCCCGGGACGGAUGUUCGUGCUAA